AUGGGUCGACGACAGGGCAAUGUGUUUGAUAGGAAAGAAGUGAUGGAUUUAAUGCAGCAACGACUGGAUGGUUCCAUCAAAAGUUUGCGUGAAUUAAAGGACAGGAUUGCGGAAGAGACGGGUGAACAGAUUGCACUUACAACACUUUGGCAGCAGAUCCAUAAAAUGAGGGGCGAAACAGUCGGGAAUAGAUCGGGUUAUGUUCGCAUGACUGCAUCACGUGUUCCACGAAUUGAUGGCUCAAAAGUUAAUAUCCAGGAGGAAGAUGAUGAUAUUGAUACGCAUGCACCAUCGAUUAGAGUUGAACAUUCGAACGUUACUGGCUCUUCAUUACGUCGAUCAGCUCGCGCUCCUAAACGGAAAAGCUAUUCACCAUCGCCAAUGUCGUCCAGACUUGAUUUGAAGAAAUCACGCAUUGGCACAACACCAGUAUCUAGCAGCAAUAUAACUUUGGUUUCUCAUUCUCUGAGGUGCUUGGGAAUGCCGAAAAAGGAGAAGAUCGUCAGACGGAAAAGAAUCGAUGAGCCAAAGAAUUGGGACAAAAAUGUAGAAGAGUCAAUCAGACAAGAAGCUUUGAGGCAUGAGGAGGAGGCUGCGGAUGAUCCGCUAGCUAAGGCAAAAUCAAAAGUCUGGUUAUUUUGUGAGAAAUUCGAUGAAGAUGGUGAAUCAAAAGCAAAAUGUAGAAUUUGUGGCAUGGUCAUGGUACGUAAGUUGGGUUCAACGAGGGCAAUGCUACGUCACCUGCGGAAAAUGCACGAUAAUCUCAUUGAAGGAAUCAUCAGACCAGUGACAAAACGUAUUACAGCAAUUGCUGGAAAACCGAGAGGUGAUGAUGGCUUUGAUAUUGAUGAUGAUAGCGCAUGGGUGGAAGAAGUUGAUGAAGAAGAUUUCGAUGAUUAUGAUGAGCAGCAAUAUGCGGUUGCACAGCACUGUGUUGAUAAAGGGAAAGUGAUAGCCUACAGUAGUUACGCAGAUGAAGGAGGUCCAUCUUAUGCUGACGAAGUAUUCAUUCGAGAAGAUGGCUCUUACGCUGAUGGUGAUGAAUUUGUCGAUGUGGUAUACGUGCAGGAAGGGAAUUCGUUUGAGGAAAUCAUUUCAAAAUCGAAUGAUGGGAAUUCAUUUGUCAAUAACGAAUUGCCUUCCAUGGAAAGUAGAAGUGAAGAAGCUGCUGUACCUUCACGUCUAAAGCGCAGCAUUUCUGAUUCCGAAUUAGCCCAACCAUCCUCCAGAAACGGUAACAACGAUCUUGAACAUUAUGAAGAUACAAAUUUGGAGGCAGAGAGAUCAAUGGGGAAUCUAAAUUUGCUGACUGGAGCAGAAAAAAAGCAACAUGAUAUAGAUGAUGAGCAGUUUAGUCGCACUAUCGUCUCAUCCAUUCUAACAUUCCCUCCGGAGCAACGAGAACUUGUGCGUUGCGCAGUCAUGCAGUGUAUAGAAGAACUGAGAUCGGCCGAAUCAGCUACGGCCGAAGAAGCAGAAGUUCCUGAAGUAACUGAUGAAGAAUUGGUUCAGAUUUCCGAUGUUUAAGGCAACGGACUAUAUAGAUUCGACUACAGAAGAUUAUCUUUUUAACGAUCAUCGAUUCCAUUCUUGUAUUCAUGAAAUUAUUAAUCUAUUUAUUUGCUGCGUUAUAUGCUGGUUCAUAAUUUUAUUGUAAUUCUCAUUUUUUAAAAAAAAUAAUCCCCUAUUUUAUAUCUUCGUGUGGGGAAGAAAAAAUAUUAUUGUCAUCAAAAAAUGUCCAAAUUGUAAACAAGUAGUCGGAUUGAAUAACACACUUGGUCACACUUUUUUUAUCAUUUAACAUGCUUUUAUUAUCAUUUCGCCAUCGAACUCCUGUUAAAUCUUUUCCUUAUUUUAAGCGAUGACCUUUGCUAUGAAUCUUUAAUUAUCUUCAUGCGUCUCUUCCGAAUAAACCAAGUAUUUUAACCCUGAAGCAGUGUGCGAGGCUUAUAUGACGUGUAAUUCCUUUAUAUUUAAUGAAUUAUAAGUCACAUAAAAAUUUUAAGACA